GGAAAAACAAACUGGGCGAUUGGGGCUCGGCGAAAGGGUAGUGAAUGUCGUUUCGGUAGAGAAUCUCCGACAGAGGAAUUAAAAAAAAAAAAAAAAAAGAACAAAAAAAUCUCGACGACAAUGCGGCCGAGGUGCGGACAGGCUGACUCGCGGCUGAAUAUGAGAAAUGUCACGCGCUAACUUUCACCCGCUGACCCGUGAUUGACGUGCGAGUAAGACCGAUCAUCAUCAUCAUCAUCGUCAUCACCAUCAUCAUCUGUGUGCGUGUGUAAUAAAUUUUCUCUCGCCCGGUCGGUUCGGUUUUACGGCUCCGGAAAGGAAAGAGAGAGCGAGGAGAAGAGAGUCCUGUCCCGGAGGCGGAUCCGCAUGCGUAAUAAUUGUCUGUCUCUCCUCUCCGAUCGAAAUACAUUGUCCGACCGGAGAGCACUCUCGGGGUACUUGGCGAAGAAAGGGAAGUUGCUGUAAUGGCCGCCGUGUCAUGAAAUGAAGGUGCCCAGCCAGUUUUGUGGUGCCACAAUGGAGGAUAGCUGUAGCCCCGCGUCCCAGAACCACAACGGCCAGCUGGCCGGAGGCGCGAACGUCUCUCUCGCCAAUAAUAAGCACCAGGGCGGCAGCGACAACGGCAGCAACGGCGACGCCAAGGACCAGCGGCCGCAGUAUUCGAUGCCUGGUAUCCUGCACUUCAUCCAACACGAGUGGGCCCGCUUCGAGCUCGAGAGGUCCCAAUGGGAGCUGGACAGGGCGGAAUUUCAGGCUAGGAUAGCUUUCCUUCAGGGUGAGAGAAAAGGGCAAGAGAAUUUGAAGAAUGACCUUGUGAGGAGAAUAAAAAUGUUAGAAUAUGCGCUUAAGCAAGAAAGAGCGAGGUAUCAUAAACUAAAAUAUGGUACUGACUUAGUAAUGCAAGGAGAUAUGAAACCACCUCUUUAUGAAGAAGGUACUACGUGCAAUAUCUCUGAAAGUGGUGGCGGUGGCGGAAGUGGCGGUGGCAGUGGCGGUGGUAGUGGUGGAGGAGGCGGAGAUGGAGAGGCUUCAUUCACAUCUGUCAGUAAUGUUAGUUGGAGACAAGGUCGCCAGCUUCUAAGGCAAUAUUUGCAAGAAAUUGGAUAUACUGAUACAAUAAUAGAUGUACGAUCAAACAGAGUACGAUCAUUGCUUGGUUUAAAUAAUAACACAGACACAGAGGUGAAUACUCCAGCAUUAAAUGGAAAUGAAGGAAUAGUACAAGAUAAGCAAGAAUAUAAUGAAAGUCUUGUACGCCGAGGAAAGCAGCAACAUCCCCAAAAAAAGCAACAGCCAUCUUCUAUAGCAGAGGCAAUGAUAUUAGACACAGAAGCAGCUGUUAUAGCAAAUUUCGAAUUUUUGGGUCACACUGAUAUGGACAUGGAAGAAGAAGAAGGAGAUGUAGAAGAUGAAAUUUAUGAUGCAAAUACAGAUAGCAAACCAAAUAAAGCAUCUAUGCCCCUUCUAGGAGAAGAUGUUGAUACAGAUGCAGAAGCAGAAGAGGUAUUAAACGAGUUAAAUCUUCUCACAGAAAUUGAAGAAUCACCACCUGGUUCUAUUCAUCUGGAAAUGAAUUCUUCAGAAUGGAAUGCAAUAGAGAUGCAUAGAGGAUUACAACUGGAUCCAAGACGUCCAAAUAAAGAAGGUGAUUCCACAUUGGAACUAGGAGAGUUAGAGCAAUUAUGUGUUAACAAUGAUGCAGAAAUAUCAUAUGAUAUGGUUUCCACCACAAAAGAGACUUUCAGAAAAACGUGGAACGCAAAAUAUACAUUGCGAUCGCAUUUUGAUGCUGUUAGAGCACUUGUCUUCCAUCCCACAGAUCCAGUUCUUAUCACCGCAAGUGAUGAUCACACGCUGAAAUUGUGGAAUCUUCAUAAGACUGUUCCAGCUAAGAAGUCAGCUUCAUUAGAUGUAGAACCACUUUACACGUUCAGAUCACAUACUGGACCUGUAUUGUGUCUAGCCAUGUGCAGUGCGGGCAAUCGAUGUUACAGUGGUGGUUUAGAUGGCAAUAUCCAUUGCUGGACACUUCCAUCAGCUAACAUUGAUCCAUACGACUCGUACGAACCAAGUGUCCUUAGUCACACAUUAACAGGGCACACAAAUGCUGUUUGGGGCUUGAGUAUGUAUCAUCUGCGUCCUACCAUGCUGUCGUUCAGCGCAGACGGAACUGUAAAAUUAUGGGCACCACAGGCCCCACAACCUCUUCUCAAUACAUAUGUCUCGGAACAAGACGGUAUACCGACUUCGGUUGACUUUAUCAGAGACGAGCCGCACAAGCUGGUCGUAGCUUAUGAAGGAGCUUGCGUGGUAUUUGAUACUGAAACUGGCGCGAUCGUUGCGCGACUCGAGGCGAACGAAACGAAGGGCGUGAAUCGCGUUGUAGCACAUCCAACAUUACCACUCGUUGUAGCCGCACACGAAGAUCGGCAUAUUCGUUUUUACGAUCACCGGUCAGCUACUCUUGCUCACGCGAUGGUGGCGCACUUGGAUGCAGUUACUAGUCUCGCUGUAGAUCCUCAUGGUCUAUACUUACUUUCAGGAAGUCAUGAUUGCAGUAUAAGAUUAUGGAAUAUGGACAACAAGACUUGUGUUCAGGAGAUAACAGCGCAUCGGAAGAAAUUCGAUGAAAGUAUUUUAGACGUAGCGUUCCACCCAUCACGACCGUUUAUAGCGAGCGCCGGUGCUGACGCUCUCGCCAAAGUGUUUGUGUGAAAUGUGUAAAUCCAGAGAUACACUUACAUCAAAAUAAUUUCUAUUAUUACAUCAAAUCAAGCAGU